AUGCAGGAUUUCUUCAGUGACCUCUUCGACGAGGAGGUGCGAUCUGCUGGUAAAGUAUUAUUAGUAAUGGCAGCUGGUGCUACCUACUUUGUACAGCGUGAUCAGGGAAGUAGACUCCUCACUCGUAAUGAUGUACAGUACGCCAUUGAGGCUUAUCUCCCUCAAGGCUAUGAUCGAGGUAUUAUCGCCGCACGUGCACACCAACGUACGACGAAGACUCUUCUUAUUAAAUCCCUUGGUAUUGAUGCGGUAAAGGAUCAGUUACGAGUGGCAGUAGACCGUGAAUCGAAACUUUCUGGUUUAAAAGAACUCUUCAAACUUACACUAGUAGGAAUACUCAGCGCCGCCCAUGUGCAUAGUCUAACAAUUACUUUAUAUGUAGUGAAGAUGAUGACACUUGUGUUAGUGGCAUUACUUCGUAGACGUGAGGAACAACAGGGUUCACGUGGUGGGACUGUGGUGUCGAAAAUUCGUUCCUGGUGGUCAGGCGGUACUCAAAACCUUAUCAUGCAAACUAUUCUGGAGAAGAUGGAACAACAGAUGGGUUUAGAUUCUCCAUUAACACAAAUGAUGAAUAAUGAAGAUGAUAUUGAAAGGAAAGAUGCAGAACGUGGAUUUUCAGUAGAAGCUUUAUUACAUCUUGCUGUUCCACGUGUAGUAGAGAUGGCACGACGUGUAGUGGAGGAUGCACUGGAUCGUCGACCUCCACAUGUAUUUAGUGCAACUGGUAUAGUUACAGGACGAGAUUUACAGGAAUUAUUAGAAGAAAUUUCUGAGGUAUUUGAAGAUCAAGUGGUAUGGUCUGAUUGGUUAACACCACCGCCAGUGAGAAAAUCCACAGAAGAGAAUGGUAUUGAUACAAAUAAUAAUGAUAAUGAUAAUCAUGAAAAUCAUAAUCAAUUUGAUCAUAAUGGCAAAAACGGCUACCGUAGCAAUAGUCGUGAUUCCGGUAAUAAAGGUCUGAUAUCUCCUUUUUCAGAUAGUGAUGAUAAUGAUAGUGAUGAUGAUGAUGCCAUUAUUGAAUACCCUUCAGGAUCCACGGCAGUAUUGACGGAUGAGUGCAGUUCCGCUUCCCAGCGUAAACGAAAUCAACGGGCUAUGGAAAGUGUAUUUGGUCCCUCACGUGAUAUUUCAUCAGAAGAACGUGCCGCUCAUGAGGCGGCCUAUCGCCGUGAGGAAUUAACACGAGAUCAAGCGGCAGGUUUCUUUCAUCAACUUAUUCACAGUGCCUCAUUUAAUGAAAUUUGUAUUGCCUACGCAGCAGAGAUCAUGGAACAGACAGUACACAUUGCAGGAAACUUACGGCAUGUACGCACGUAUGAUGUUGGCACAGACUCUGCAAAAAUGCCACAAGUUAUUUCUUCUUUAGAUGCUCACCGACUGCAGAUGUUUGAUCGUGACUUUGUGGUGCGGCCCUAUCUUCGGCUUUUAUGUGAAGAAACUGUGAGAGCCACGUGUCGCCAAUCAUAA